AUGUGUCGUUGGUAUGCAGAUGAGUUGAAGAGGCCUUCAUCGCCGUCGCCACCUUCACCACUUCAACAACAACAACAACCUCAGCCAUCACCAUACCCCAUCAAUUUAUCACCUACUUUCGAUAACGUGAUUACACUUCUCGAAGCUGUGUUGGCCACCACCACGCCGACGUCGGUACACGUACAACAACUGACGGCCCUCGUUAGUGGCCUUGCUGAUGGUGCUGGUGAUGGUCUUGCUACUGGUGAUGCCCUUGCUGAUUCUGCUUCUGCUGUUGAUGCAACAGCUCCAUCAUCAUCUUCAUAA